AUGACCCGGAGGACGGGGGGAGGACCUUCCCACACGCACGACUCGCGAUCUUCCCAGUGCCCCAGAGCCAAGGACCCCAUGGCCGCCUGCCUCAGCCCGCGCACCGAACCUGCUCAAAACUACAACUCCUUAGGUCCGCUUGGACACCGCCGGAAACGGAAAUUCACCCUCGCGCCAACUCGCCGGAGAGAAACAAAAAGGCAGAAAAAGAGAGACUGCCGCCUGGACCACUUUCAGGGACCAAAUAUGCGGAUGUCCUUUGUCACCUACUCCAUGGACUGUGACACCGUCUUGCUGCUCACCUCAGACAAGAAGAAAAUAAAAGAGGGUCUCGACCAACUUCAGAAAAUGGUGCCUGAAGGACACACAUCCAUGCAGGCAGGAUUUAGAAAUGCAAUUCGGCAGAUGGAAAAUUUCAACUCCACAUACAAGGUUUCCAGCAUGAUUAUUGCUAUGACCGAUGGAACAAUGAUGAAACAUCCAUUUUUGGACACUCUCAAAGAAGUGACUGAAAGGACUUGGAACCUGGGGGCCACCAUUUAUACCCUGGGUGUGGCUGAUUAUAGGAAAGACCUGAUAACAGCAAUUGCAGACAGCCCUGACCAUGUGUUUGCAGUGGAGAAUGGCUUCAAGGCCCUGAGAAGCAACUGUUGAUACUGUGAGUGGCUCACAUCAAAGACCUGUCUUGAAGCUAUGUUGGUGGAGCCUUCCUCUGUGUGUGUAGGAGGUGAGGGCUGCGGAGGCCCUGUGGUAGCCAAACGGUGGUGUGCGUUGAGUGUGUGCAUGUAUGCAGUGUGCGUUUGUUUGGUAUGUGUUGGGGACGAUGUGUGUGGGGAGUGUGUGGCUGUGGCAUCUGAGCAGCCCUGUCAACCCCAGGUGAGGAUGGAGUACUUUAUUGAAGUCAGCUUGAACAACGGCAAAACAUUCUUCAAGAGCAAUGUCAGCGUCACCAGCACCACAUGUGGCAUUUUUCGCAACUGGCUCUAUUUUGUGCCACCCCUGCUGCUUGCACCACUGCUACUGUGCUGUGUCUGGCGGCUGUGCUGCAAGAAGGCAAGUGAUUUUUCCCCACCCAGCCCUGGGGCCCAGCUCCUGGCUCAUCACAUGAGCCCAGGGAGUGGCAGACCUGUCCACACAUUCCCAGAGCCUAGCAAGCCUGGGCUUCUGCAGGACUUCCUGCCCCAAGCUGGCCACAGAGAGCUGGCCUGGGAUGCCCUGGACAUGGGGCUGAGGCUUGCCCUGGACAAGGGGUGGGCCCAGGGAGGCUGCAUCUGCAACCAGGUGGAUGCAGACAGUCACCUGCAAAUGCUGGGACCAUUGCACAGUCCCCAGGGCUGUCAAGGAGUGUGGGGGAUGAGAGGGAUAGAGGGCAAUCUGGAUAUCUUUUGUGACCUCUCUCACCCAAGCUGUUGCCAGGUGCCAUGGAUGUGGUGUCAGCACAGGGGCCAGGGGAGGUACCUCAGCUUAGCCCUUGCACGGUCCCAAUGCGCACAGGGUCCCUGCUGCCCAAGAAUCUGCUUUCCACACAACCAAGAGUGCCUUUCCCUACCACAGGCUCCCUGCCGCCCAAGGAUGUUCCUGAGACACAGCCUGGAGUACUUUUCCCAAGGACUGUGCAACGCAAAGAGCUGCCUUCAACCCAGCUGGGAGUGCCUCCCUGUCACCUGCUCCUCCAGGUACCACCUCCUCCCAGCUAGGUGCCCGAGGCUUCCCUCCAGGAUGCUGCCACUGCUCCCUGCUCUUCUCGGGCACACUGCAGAACCCCCUUUGUCACUGCCUCCCCCAGAGCCCAACUUCUAA